GCAGCUCCACCCCAUCUCCCCUCUCUCAGCUCUCUCGCGCUCCUGCUCCUCCCACCUCUGCGCUGCCCCGCUCCCCUCCCCCUCCUCCCCAGCUCCCUGCCCCCGCUGCCUUCGCCGAUCUCCAUCUCUGCAGUCUGGGCCGCUGGGUGCAGUGCCUGCCGCAGCCCCAGCGGCCACCGCCACCGCCACCUCCCCCAACCCCCAUCCCCAUUGUCUCCCACUCCACCCGGCCCACUACCUCCCCCAACACCAUGGCGCAGGAAGCCGGGAGAAGCUCUCUUCUCAGGGGGCCCUGCGGGGAGCCAGCGGAGCUUGGAGGUGAUGCUAGCGAGGAGGACCACCCCCAAGUCUGUGCCAAGUGCUGUGCACAAUUCACUGACCCAGCUGAAUUCCUCGCUCACCAGAACGCAUGUUCUACUGAACCCCCUGUAAUGGUGAUAAUUGGGGGCCAGGAGAAUCCCAGCAACUCUUCGACCUCUUCUGAUCCCAGGCCUGAGGGCCACAACAGUCCCCAGGUCAUGGAGACAGAGCACAGCAAUCCUCCGGAUUCUGGGUCCUCGGUGCCCACAGAUCCCACCUGGGGUGGAGAGCGGAGAGGAGAGGAGCCUGCAGGGCAUUUCCUGGUCGCUGCCACAGGUACAGCAGCUGGGGGAGGUGGGGGCCUGAUCUUGGCCAGUCCCAAGCUGGGAGCAACUCCAUUACCUCCAGAAUCCACCCCUGCACCGCCCCCUCCUCCUCCUCCACCUCCGCCCCCAGGUGUAGGCAGCGGCCAUUUGAACAUCCCUCUGAUCUUGGAAGAGCUCCGGGUGCUGCAGCAGCGCCAGAUCCAUCAGAUGCAGAUGACUGAGCAAAUCUGCAGGCAGGUACUACUGCUUGGCUCCUUAGGCCAAACGGUGGGUGCCCCUGCCAGUCCCUCAGAGUUACCUGGGACAGGGACUGCCUCCUCCACCAAGCCCCUGCUUCCCCUCUUCAGCCCCAUCAAGCCUGUCCAAACUGGGAAGACCCUGGCACCUUCUUCCUCCUCCACCUCAUCCUCCACAGGCGCAGAAACACCCAAGCAGGCUUUCUUUCACCUUUACCAUCCACUAGGGUCACAGCACCCUUUUUCUGCUGGAGGGGUUGGGCGGAGCCACAAACCAACACCUGCCCCUUCCCCAGCUCUGCCAGGCAACACAGAUCAACUGAUUUCCUCACCUCACCUGGCAUUCCCCGGCACCACCGGACUGCUGGCAGCACAGUGUCUUGGGGCAGCCCGAGGCCUCGAGGCCACUGCCUCCCCAGGGCUCUUGAAGCCAAAGAACGGAAGUGGUGAGCUGGGCUAUGGGGAAGUGAUGGGUCCCUUGGAGAAACCUGGUGGACGGCACAAAUGCCGCUUUUGUGCCAAAGUAUUUGGCAGUGACAGUGCCCUGCAGAUCCACCUGCGUUCACACACAGGUGAGAGGCCCUAUAAGUGUAAUGUCUGUGGCAACCGCUUCACCACCCGUGGCAACCUCAAAGUGCAUUUUCACCGGCAUCGUGAGAAGUACCCGCAUGUGCAGAUGAACCCUCACCCAGUGCCAGAGCACCUAGACUAUGUCAUCACCAGCAGCGGCCUGCCCUAUGGUAUGUCUGUGCCACCAGAGAAGGCUGAGGAGGAGGCGGCCAUGCCAGGUGGGGGUGUGGAACGUAAGCCUCUGGUGGCCUCCACCACAGCACUCAGUGCCACAGAGAGCCUGACGCUGCUCUCCACUGGUGCGGGCACAGCUGCGGCUCCUGCCCUCCCUGCUUUCAAUAAGUUUGUGCUCAUGAAAGCAGUAGAGCCAAAGAGUAAAGCUGAUGAAAAUACUCCUCCAGGAACUGAGGCCUCUGCUAUCUCAGGGGUGACAGAAAGUGGCACAGCAACUCGCAUGCAGCUAAGUAAGUUGGUGACUUCACUUCCCAGCUGGGCACUGCUUACCAACCACUUUAAGUCCACGGGGAGCUUCCCCUUCCCCUAUGUGCUAGAGCCCUUGGGGGCCUCACCCUCUGAGACUUCAAAGCUGCAGCAACUGGUAGAAAAGAUUGACCGACAGGGAACCGUAGCAGUGGCCUCUACUUCCUCAGGAGUUGCCACCACCUCUGCCCCAGCAGCUUCAUCCUCAGCCUCAUCUGGACCUAACCAGUGUGUCAUCUGCCUCCGGGUGCUGAGCUGUCCUCGAGCACUGCGCCUGCAUUAUGGUCAACAUGGAGGGGAGCGGCCCUUCAAAUGCAAAGUGUGUGGCCGAGCUUUUUCUACCCGGGGCAAUCUGCGUGCACAUUUCGUGGGCCACAAGUCCAGUCCAGCUGCUCGGGCCCAGAACUCAUGUCCCAUCUGCCAGAAGAAGUUCACCAAUGCAGUUUCUCUGCAGCAGCAUGUUCGGAUGCACCUGGGGGGCCAAAUCCCCAAUGGCAGUACCACCCUCCCUGAAGGUGGGGGAGCUGCCCAGGAGAAUGGCUCUGAGCAAUCUACAGUCUCUGGGGCAGGGAGCUUCCCCCAGCAGCCAUCCCAGCAGCCAUCCCCAGAAGAGGAGUUGUCUGAAGAGGAUGAGGAGGAUGAGGAAGAAGAGGAAGAUGUAACUGAUGAAGAUUCUUUGGCAGGAAGAGGCUCAGAGAGUGGAGGUGAGAAAGCGAUAUCAGUGCGAGGCGAUUCCGAAGAGGCAUCUGGGGCAGAAGAGGAAGUGGGGGUGGUAGUGACAGCAGCCACAGCUGGGAAGGAGAUGGACAGCAAUGAGAAAGUGAUUCAGCCUCCUUCUCUGCCGCCGCCACCGCCACCACCACCACUGCCACCACCAUCAGGCGGCCAGGAUCAAACACAGCCAAUGGAGCAGGGAGGCAGUGAUGUUGCAGGAGGCACGGGAGAGGAGGGCAAACCAGAGAGGAGCUCAAGCCCAACAUCAGCACUCACUCUCGAAGGAGAAGGCAGCAGCACCACCUUAGUGGAGGAAUUGAGCGUGCAGGAAGUGAUGAGAAAGGAGCCAGGAGAGGGCGGCAGCAGAAAGGCCUGUGAGGUGUGUGGCCAGACCUUCCUCACCCAGGCAGCUCUGGAGGAGCAUCAGAAGACCCACCCCAAGGAGGGGCCACUCCUCACUUGUGUUUUUUGUAGGCAGGGCUUUCUGGAGAGGGCUACCCUCAAGAAGCAUAUGCUGCUGGCUCACCACCAGGUACAGCCCUUUGCCCCUCACGGCCCUCAGAAUAUUGCUGCUCUUUCCUUGGUUCCAGGCUGUUCACCCUCUAUCACUUCCCCAGGGCUCUCCCCCUUUCCUCGAAAAGAUGACCCUACGAUCCCAUAAGCCUGUUUGGUUUUUUUUUUUUUUUUUUUUUUUUGUACCUGCUGCCCUUUGACCUAGGUUGCUGAAACAAAGAGCUUUGUAGAAAGACCUCGAAGAUUUAUGAGCCCUUAUUUGUCUUUUUGUUUGAGUUCUUAUAUGACAUGUCCCAAGUGGUUUUUCUCUAGUCCCUGAGCUUAGAAAUUGUUAUGCUCAAGGGGGGAUGGCCCCCUGAGGAAUUUUUCUUCUCCUUUCAUUGUUCCUGAGGAAAAUAAAUUCUCUACAGCUUUCACGUUCCCAAGGGAAACCCUCUCCAGCUCCCCUGGGGUGACUUCUCCCCUUUCUUCCCUUCCUCUUCCUUUCCCUUUGGCAAGUGCAUCUGAACACACACAUUUGGAAUUGCAGCCCAGCCCAAAGGGGCUGGCUGCCGUCCCUGGAGGGCCCAGAGCCACUACUCUCUGGUGAGUUUUUGUCCCAAGACAUUCCUGCUCAGCUGGUUAGUGUGGGUCCCUUGCCUUUCUGAAACUAGUACACGGCUCUCCGGUCAAGUGAUCUACCCACCAAGCCUGGGAGUUCCAGUUCCACCUCCACUGCCACUUCAGACCUGGCACCACCAGGGCUGUUUAGCCCAAGAACUGGCUGGGAAGGUGCCUCCAGCAAUGGGAUCCAGAGAGGCCGAGGAAAAAAGAGCCCUCCUCUUAUUUCAGCCUCCUGCAUCCAAGGCAGUGCCUGAGCAGCUUAUAGAAGUAGCAAACUGUAUG